AUGAGUGACAUCAAACUGCGGUGCCCGCAGGCCACACCUACCUGUGGCAAUAAAGUUGACCCUGUGUAUGAAACACUUCGCUUUGGAACUUCACUGGCCCAGAAAACCAAGAAAGGCAGUAUUGGAAGUAGCUCGGACUCUCCCAAAAGAAAUUCUACAUCAGAUUUGGCAGAAGUUCCAGAAGAAAGAGGCAGCCUUGGAAAUAUGUUUGACCUAAAUAGGCAGCGCAGCAAUAGCGUAUUUACAUAUUCAAUAAACGAUAUGUCAGAUUUUGGAGAAGAACCAAAGAACAUUAACUCGGCACUACAG